UGCCUUUUCUUUUUUCGCUCCUUUCCUUCUCUCUUUCCUGCUUCUCUUGCUUCGGCCCAUUUUCUUGCUUCUGUCGCUUCUCCUGCUGCCCUCGCUUUGCUUUCUUGCUAUUUUUCAGGGUUGGUGCAUCAUUUUUCCUCCAUAUAUAUUUACUCCUCCUUCCAAUUUAUUUCUGCUCUACUUUAAUCUGCCUCAACAAUGUCUGAUAAGGACUCCAAGGCUGACGCCUCAAAGAGAGAGUUUAGAAUUCAACAGGCUUUAGAGUAUAAAGAUAAAUUCCCUUCAACAACUUGGAAGCAAAUAGAGAUGAAAUUUCAAGUCAAGAAAGGAACUUGUCUAUCAAGGAAAAAACUAUUGUUGGCUAGGUCAAAUUUCGCCAAUUAUAGUCAUGAUCCUCCUCCCAACAACUCUUUCAAUCACUCUCUAGACUCGAAUUCCCUUUCUCAUCUUUAUCUACCCCUUCGAUACAGUUUUAAUCUGAGCAACUAUAUAUACGAUCCUCACUCCCUUCCUCCCACUCAUCACAAUCUGAACUUGAACUCCGGUUACAAUCAAAAUUGCAACUACAACUUCAGUUCUUCCUACACUUCUGCUCCUGUUUCUGCCUCGGCUUCCUCCACUUCCACCUCCGCCUCCACCUCCACUUCUACCACUCUUCCUUCUGUUUGCUCGUGUUCUACUGCUUCUAUUGCUUCUACUGCCCCUACCACUUCUUUUCCUCCUUCUAUUCCUCUUGUUCAACCUCCACAUCCCUCUUCAGUUGUCACACCUGCUUCUUCUGCCCUAUUUCUUACUAAUCCUAGUUACUCUUUUUCAAAUUGUACCUACCCGCUCAACUCAACAACUAAUAACAAUAAUAACAAUAAUAACAAUAAUAACAAUAAUAACAAUAAUAACAAUAAUAACAAUAAUAUUAUUAAUAAUAGCCAGAAUUCUAUCUCCUGUAACACUGCUAUAAAUGAUAAUGCACAUACAAAUUUACCAAAACUCAUCAUCAAAAACCCCCCAAAUCUAUCUUCAUCUACUCAUACUCAUAACAGAUCUUUAACAGAUGAAGAGGAAUUACUCUUGAAAAAUAAAAUUAAAGCCUUAAUUGAUAACGGAAAAUCAAUCAAAAAAUUGCAACUAUACUAUAUGGUCGAUGAAAUUAUUGAACAAAGACCCAAUCAUGCUAAAAGACAUCUAAAAAAAUACCCUGUGCCAACUAAAAAUAAUACUAUUACCUUGCAUUACGUGGGUUCAAGAUGGGUUGAUCGUUUUAUCAAUAGAACAAAAGAUAUCAUUAUUAAUAAAAUUUUUAAAUCUGAUGGUUAUAACUAUUUUUAUGAUUUAUCAACAAAUAAAAUCAUUUCAAAUACUUUUAAUACUGCUACUGCUACUACUAUUACUACUACUACUACUACUACUACUACUACUACUAAUAAUAAUAAUAAUAAUAAUAAUAAUAAUAGUAAUAAUAAUAGUAAUAAUAAUAGUGAUAGUAAUAGUAAUAAUAAUAGUAAUAAUAAUCAUAAUAAUAAUCAUAAUAAUAAUCAUAAUAGUAAUAAACCCCCAAACAAAAAAACUGGAAGUAUAGAUUUAAGUUUACUUGAUUCUGCCGCUAAAGUCAAUAAAGCCUUUGAACUAUCCUUGAAGGUUUUGCAUGACAAUAUCGAUCCAAAAAAUUUCCUUGAAAAACAUUUUUUAAUUGAUUUUCUAAAAGUCUUAAAAGAUUCAUAUAUUGAAAACAGUUUAAAAUUUGAAGAUUUGAAUUACUCAAAUGUUUCGGAGAAAACCAUUUCUGAUACUAAAAAUAUUCGUAUACCCGAAUUGACUAGUCUUACUUGUGCCUCAACUUCCACUUCCGCAUGCACUUCUCCCUCUUCUUUUGUUAUUUCUGAUAAUUCAAUUCCUUCAAAUAAUUUUAUUAAUACUAAUAUUCCUCCUACCCUUGCAAACCCUAAUAAUUUCAAUCCGGAUAAUUUUAUCAAUGAUAGUGCUGUAUUUGAAUUAAAUAAUAAUAAUAAUAAUAAUAAUAAUAAUAAUAAUAAUAAUAAUAAUAAUAAUAAUAAUGACAAUAAAACUACUAAUACCGUUAUUAAUAAUAGAUCCUGUGAUAAUGACUUAAGCUCUUUUGACGAAAACCACUUCUCAAAUAAUCAUCUAAAUACUCACAACAUUGAGACCAUUAGAGCCAGAGAAAAUCCUUCUAAAAGAAAAUCGAGUAUCAACAGUACUCAAAGGUAUUAUGAAAAUUCAAAUCAAAAUUCCGCUGAAAAACAGAACUAUAAAAAAGUAAAGCAAACUGCUGUUUUAAAUUCACCUAGAAUUUCCAGUUUAAACUACUAUAGAACCCCAACUAGUUCAAAUCUGAACAUAAACAUGACCAUUAAUUCCAUCCUAAAUGAUGAUGACAACGAUGAAGAUGAUGAUAAUGACGAUAUUCAACUAAAUCAAUCUCAUUGCAACUCCCAAAAUAGUAAUAAAAUCUCAUCUGCUAUUGCUGACUAUCACUCUGAUAAUUUUCUACAUCCCAGAUAUCUAAACAAACCCAAGUGUUCCAACAACGAUAAUAAUCAUAAGAAGGAUAAUUUUAGGAGAAACCCCAAUAGCCAAAUAAGCAGUCGACAAAACGGUAGUGUUAUCAACAUUAAGUCUUUAUUAAACAAUUGUCCAGAUACUGAGCAACAAUUUAGAAGUAGCCACAACCAUAACUAAAGAAAUGGACUAAAUAUUUACAUCAGGAUUUAUUCUUCAUUCUUUUAAAUCUUAUCAAACCAGUGUGUUUUUUACCAAUAUUCUUUAAAAUCUGCAUAGCAUUUCGGUGCCCUUUCUCUCUUUGUGAAGUGUAAAACUCCCCACAUGAAAUACAGUUGCUGAGAUAUCCGAGACAAGACCGCUUCUUCUGCAUUUGAACGGCACUACACGCGUGCAAAAGUGCACAAAUGCAUAUACUAUACCUCUUGCAGAAAGCCAUCAGUAUGGUUCAUCUGACACAUGACCAUCAAGGUGUGCUGUUUUGCGCAGGGACCUUCGUGGGUCGUAAC